UGUGUUCACAGUCAUGGGUAAAGCAGAAGGCUCUGUGGCUAGGGAGGAAUGGCACGGACAUGUUACUGCUCUCUCUGUUGCACCAGAAUUUCGACGUCUGGGUUUGGCUGCUAAAUUGAUGGAACUACUGGAAGAAAUUUCAGAAAAAAAGGGUGGAUUUUUCGUCGAUCUCUUUGUGAGAGUAUCAAAUCAGGUUGCGGUAAAUAUGUAUAAGCAACUAGGCUACAGUGUGUACCGGACAGUAUUAGAGUACUACUCAGCUAGCAAUGGAGAACCAGAUGAAGACGCUUAUGAUAUGAGAAAAGCUCUUUCCAGAGAUACAGAGAAGAAAUCCAUUAUACCUCUGCCUCAUCCUGUGAGACCAGAAGACAUUGAGUAACUGUAAGCUGUGAUUCUCAGGCAACUUACUAAGAGCAUCAGGUUCUUCCUCCCCCCAGCCUCCAAGAACUUACAGAUGAGAAAUCUUAGGCUCAUUUUUCCCCAUGAAAUACCAAAACGCAAUAUUGAGAAGCUUACUAAUGCUGCUUCUGUUGGCAGUGGCUGCAUACUCCUGCACUUACCCCAUUAUUUUUCCUUCCAAAUAUUUGAAAAUCAGAGACUAUUAAAAUAGAGUUACCUC